CGGAUCCUCAUUCUUCUUUCUCUGUGAUCCCCAGGGCUUGAGCCGUAUUUAUUUCUCCUCGGGCAUCCCCUUUUUCUGAGUGUGUCAAGGAGAUUUACCCAUUUCCUGCUACUCCUCCCCAAAGAUCUCUGUCGGCAGGAAGGAAGGAGGGAGGAGACCCCGUUCCCUCUGAAAGCUCGGUUCUGACUGCGGUCAUUUUGCCGUUUCCAGCAUGCCUGGAAGGCUCGGCUUUCAGAGGCAGGACUGACGUGCCCUUCUGAAGCUGCUGUGCUUGUUCUUAUCUGCGCCUGUUUAUCAUGUGACAAAGCGUGAUAUGUUUAGAUCUCGCACCAGACAAGAUUAGAUGGGUAGCGUGUGAAAUGGGUGUCACUUGUAAUUCUUGGCUAAUACUAAAUGUGUAGCCACUGAUGGCAAAGAUUUUUUUAUCUAGUGUUACUGGAAGACGGUGAGAAGGAGGGCAGUGUCAAUUUUCACUCUGCUAACCCGAAACUAACUCGAUGUGGUCAUAGAUGUUCAUGUCCAGCUGGGUCGUAGUGGUGCUGGUGUGCUGUAUGAACGAACCUCGGAAGUAUGUGGUUAGAUACUCUGGUAGCUGAAGGUCUUCAUGUAACUGGCUGAAAAAUGGUUCUCCAAGAUGACAGCAGCAACUCUAACACUGUUAAAAUGGAGACUACCUUCACUUUGACGUGAUGUGUGAAGUUCGUUAGUCAUCAUUUUUUGCUUGUUUUUUGACAGUUAUUGUAGAAGGUUACAAAUGGUGUGGGUGUUUAUCAUGAACCGAAUGAGCUCCCAGAGCAGUUCAUCCACUCAGCGUAGGCGAAUGGCUCUAGGAAUUGUCAUUCUUCUCCUCGUUGAUGUGAUAUGGGUUGCCUCUUCAGAACUCACUUCUUAUGUUUUUACAAAGUACAACAAACCUUUUUUCAGUACAUUUGCAAAAACGUCCAUGUUUGUUCUAUACCUCUUGGGAUUUAUUGUUUGGAAACCAUGGAGACAACAAUGUACUCGUGGGUUUCGUGGAAGGCAUGCAGCUUUUUUUGCAGAUGCUGAAGGUUAUUUUGCUGCUUGUACAACAGAUAACACUGUAAACAGUUCUCUGAGUGAACCUUUAUAUGUUCCUGUAAAGUUUCAUGAUUUGCCAGCUGAAAAAAAUGGCAGUAAUAAUAGUGAUGCAGAAAAAACUCCCAAAAAGCCUCGUGUAAGGUUCAGUAAUAUUAUGGAGAUUCGCCAGCUCCCGUCGAGCCAUGCAUUGGAAGCAAAGUUAUCUCGCAUGUCAUAUCCAACAGUUAAGGAGCAAGAAUCAAUAUUAAAAACUGUAGGAAAACUCACUGCAACUCAAGUAGCAAAAAUUAGCUUUUUCUUUUGCUUUGUGUGGUUCUUGGCAAAUUUUUCUUACCAAGAAGCUCUGUCAGAUACCCAAGUUGCUAUAGUUAAUAUCUUGUCUUCAACCUCUGGGCUUUUUACUUUAAUCUUAGCUGCAGUCUUUCCCAGUAACAGUGGAGACAGGUUUACCCUGUCCAAAUUAUUAGCUGUUAUUUUGAGCAUUGGUGGCGUGGUACUUGUUAACCUUUCUGGAUCUGAGAAAUCUGCUGGAAAAGAUACAAUAGGUUCCCUUUGGUCUCUUGUAGGAGCAAUGCUGUAUGCUGUGUACAUAGUAAUGAUAAAAAGGAAAGUAGAUAGAGAAGAUAAACUUGACAUACCAAUGUUCUUUGGUUUUGUAGGGCUGUUUAAUCUGUUGCUGCUGUGGCCAGGAUUUUUCCUGCUUCACUAUACUGGGUUUGAAGCAUUUGAGUUUCCCAAUAAACUGAUAUGGAUGUGCAUUGUCAUAAAUGGCCUUAUUGGAACAGUUCUGUCAGAGUUCCUCUGGCUGUGGGGAUGCUUUCUUACCUCAUCACUGAUAGGCACACUUGCGCUAAGCCUUACGAUACCUCUGUCCAUAAUAGCUGACAUGUGCAUGCAGAAGGUGCAGUUUUCCUGGUUAUUUUUUGCAGGCGCAGUACCUGUAUUUUUUUCUUUUUUCAUUGCAACUCUCUUAUGUCACUAUAACAACUGGGAUCCAGUCAUGGUGGGAAUCAGAAGAAUUUUUGCUUUUAUUUGUAGAAAACAUCGAAUUCAAAGAAUGCCAGAAGAAAGUGAGCAGUGUGAAAGUCUCAUUCCUAUGCAUAGUGUUUCACAAGAUGGAGAGAGUUCAUAGACAAAAGUUUGAAAAUGGAGUGAUGCCCAGCGAAGAGACAAUCUUCUGGAAAAGUCCCUAAGGAAUCAUGUUUCAGUGCCUAUUCUGAAUUUGUAGUAAAAAUGAGAAGUUUCAGUUCUUUUGAAACUCUAAACUUUUCCUCUUUCUUGCUUUCAUCUGGUUUUAUAAGUGAACGAAUUUACUACAUGCCUGUCACCAUAGGGAGUCUUAGUCCAUCUGAGCAACCAACCUGCCUUAUAACACUGAGCUGGUGAAGUUACCUGACAAAAUCAAGAAAACAAUGAUGUUAGGUGAUUUCUUUCUUUUUUAACUCACAAUUUUGUUAAAUGCUGGACAAUAUUGUUUUUAAGAAAUACUUUCAAAUGAGUUAUGUAAAUAAGUUUGCAGGUCAUCAACUCUUACAGGCUUUCAGAUGAAAAGCUAAAUAGAUAUUUUACCUGUAGUAGGUACAAAUUAACUUUUUUAUGUUGUACAAACUAUUUGCAUAUUAAUAGAAGAAACCAGAAAAAUAAUUUAUUAAGUGCAUUCUUGUAAUUAUUGAGGCAGGAUCUUUGUAUGGUCCUGGAACACUAAGUAUAUAUUGUCUUAUGCCAUUUUGAGAAGCCUUGUAACGGCAGCGGGUGCCGAUGUUUAAAAAUCUUUUGUUACCUAACAAUUCAGAAUGUUUAAAAUUGUAGUGAAUGGUCUAUUUCUAAUUACAGUACAUUUGGGGAUGCGUUCUCAAAAUCAAUGUUUGUUUUAAGCAGUGUGAUUCUAUAACCCAUUCUUAUUGUCAGUUGUCUCACAUGGAAAACUGAAUUUGAACAUUUUCACAUGUAUAGCUGCCAAGUUAUGAAAGAGAUCAAAGUAAUUGUGAAAGUUUUCAGUCAGAGGAUUGGCAAAUUUGAACAUUCUCUUUAUAACAUUUAUCUUCCUUCCACUAUAGCACUUCUCUCCUAUUUGAUUCUGAAAUGGAAUAUUUGAAAUUAGUCGGUGCCAUUUUCAGGUUUGUGGCCUAUAAGACAUUUACAUUAAAGUUAAUUUUGGCUUUGGAUGGAUUUUAUUUUUUAUAAUGAACGUAGGAUGGAUUUUCAACCACCAGUAUUCUCUUCCACAUAACAGUUAGUAAUAAUGUAGGGUACUUCUACUGUCCUCCCGUACAAAUACAGGGUGGCAUAGCAGAAAUGCCUUUUUGUGUUUUGACACUCAGUAAUGAUCCUUUUAAAAGAGACUUUGGUGGUUUGGUGAUACAACUACUAGAAGAAGGAACGCAGGAGAGCAGUGUGCUUUGCUGUACAUUUCCAAGGACUGAUUAGCCAGCAGCUUGAAUAUAAUGUAAAAAUAUGUAAGUAGAGAAGGAAGAAGAAAUUAACCUGGGGGCUAUUCUGGUCAAAUAUUGCACCUUCAUAAAUUUUCCUUUCCAGUUUUUAGUAUUGGAUUAUACUACAAGUUCCAGUGAUCUGAGGUAUCUCUUUAAGAUGACAUAGUAAGUCCUUUGGACACAUGAAGUAGGAAUUAAAAAAAUAAAACCACAACAAAACCACAAAUCCAAAACAAACAAAAAAGUUCAUUAAAUUUAUGUAGGUGCUUUGAGAAACUUUACCUUUUAAUUCUCCAGCCCCACAAGUAGAAAGGUUGAAAAUGCAAUAAGUAUAAUUAAUUUUACAUUUGACUUCAGUAGAGUUUUCAGGGAUUUUGGGGUUUCCUUGGUCAUUUGGGGGUUUUUAAGGAUUAUCUUUCCUUUGAAAUUAUGAUAAAUCAGUGGAUGUUAGAUUCAACACUUUCCCAAGAAGUAAUGUUAAGGCCUGCUCGCAAUAAAAAGCUAAUAUCUGUUUUCAAUUAAUGGUAUGUUUCAAUGAGAUCAUACAGGAUAUAUAAUACCAGGCAUUAACUACAAAUUUGAGUCAGUAGGGACUUGUGGCAUCAGCAAACUAAGCCUGGGAAAACUGAGUUUGCUUUUGGAUGGGGAAUUACAGUAUUUUCAGCAAAACAUUCUAAUACUGUCUUUUGAAAUGGAGCUGUAACGUAUAAUGGGCAAUCGUUCUUCAUAUUUGUCCUUACAUUCAUACAUCAAAGUGAAAGAUCAUCAUAGUCUCCCAUAUAUAUGAAUUCUGUGAACUAGUAUCAUUCAUUAGUUCGAGACGUUAAGAAAAUAAAUACGAAGAGAAUAUUCUUCAGUCUCUGACCUCAGGAGUGUUGAGGAAUGUUCAGUAAACUCAUAGUUAGGGCCUUCCCACUGUUUAUUUUGGUUUAGUUUUUGUUUUUUUAAUAUGUUACUUUUUUUUAAAGAUAUUAAAUAUUUUAAUCACGUGGCACUAAGUAGCUUGAGCAGUCUUUUUGCAUUAAGCUACAGUUCUUUAAAGAGUAAGAAACAAAGCAAACUGUCCUUCCUGAAAGGAUUUUUAAACAGCGGUACCCCUGUAGUUACAAGAAACGUGUUACAGUUUUAAUUACAGAAGCUAUGACAUGUAACGUUGUUCUGCAUUUAAUAGAAUGUGAUGUUUUUUCUAUAAAAUCUUGUGAUUUUUAGUACAAUACUAUUUUAUAAAUAGAAUGUCUAAUUUGAAAUGUAAAUGGCAUAGCUCUCUAAUGGGUGCUUGGUAAAUGCACGGGAGAUUUAGCUUUGAUUCUCAGGUACCUCUGACGUAAUGGAGACAUGCUGGGUUUUUCUUCCUCGUGACACAACUGGAAUGUGAAGGAGCUCUCUCAUAAAUGCUUUACCUCUGUGUGCUGGCAUAAAUUGUCAUUGCUUUUCCGCUUUCGAUGUGGGAAUGUCUUUAUUCUGACUUAUUUCUCAUAGGAAGCACAUACAUUUUAGAAAAAUAAUGAAUAAUGAAUUUUUGUCCCAAGCAUUUCUUUGAAUGUCAUUAGAUGCUUAAGGAACAGUGAUUUCCCAUGCCUACAAAAUGGAAAAUGAAUACUACAUGUGUUGCUCUAUCAAACAGUUGAACUAAUUCAUGUUGGUUGUGAGACAACCAACAAUUUAUUCCCUGUAUGUGAUCGAGGUUUUGGAGCUGUUUGGGUUUUAUAUAUGAAGGAAAUUACGAUAAUUUGCCAAAUGCCACGUAACAAGCCUUUGCUUUUAGGGCUUUGGUGAGUCUUGCAUAGUUGUUUGUACUGUGUACUGCACUCUCCAACAAAGGGAGAAAAAGGUUUGGUCUUUUUCUGGCCACUUUCUGUUAGUUUUCAGUCAUGCUGAAAAUGCGUUCACUUCGAGGGGCUCCUGUAGAUGCAAUACUCAUUCAGCAAAGGACUGAAAUACAGGCGACAUCAGUACUCAACAGUUACUUAGAAAGUAGGUGGCACGUGAACGCCGCUGCCGGAGCUGAAGGCUCGAUGUGUGUUGCCCAGUGUGCCCACGUGCCCAGCAGCUGGUGGAGCCCCGUGCGAGGGCUGGGGCUGUGCUGUGGGACAUGGGGCUCGUCAUGGGCUUGGGCUGGACUGGGCUGCCACUGGAACUCGAAAGCAGGGAGGCCACGGCAUGGCCUGGUUAUUUGUCUCACUGGGGUGUUGCAAAUGCUGAAGUAUUUUGUGGAAAUACGGUGUUAAGGAGGUGUUUUCUUCAAGUGACAAACCUGUGGUGCUGCGUGUGAUACUUGACCCGGUAUGCUGGUAUAUGCAUUGCAUACCUCCUUGUAAUGUACUAGCAAAGCCAGGAGAGCCUGCAAAAUUACUUUUCUCGGUGUGUACUGUUGUAAUUGUCAUCUCUUUCACAAUGCUCAUUGUGCCUAGGUACUGCUAUUGACGACUAUGAUGGCUCUAAAUAAGGUGGUAAAAGGAUUUCUUUGUAAUUCUUGGUUCCAUCUGUCUUUGUGUUGAAUGUUGUUAUUCCUAUUUCCCUACUGAAAGAUCCUCCUAUUUUAGGGAGAUUAAGUUACUGUGCUAAACUAAGCUCUCAGAUGAGGGAGAAACCAGUUAAAUUUUAGACGUAGGGUGAGUUUAUGGAUACGCCUUGAAAUCUGGUAUGGAAAUAGGCCUCGGUAAGGCAGAGCGCUUGUAUGUUUGAAAAUGCAGUUAAGAAGUGGCAUACUCAAAAAUCAAGAAACACAAACUGAUGCUAAUAUCACAAUGUUAAGUUUUAUGGCUAGCUGUAGGAUGGUACUUUUAAUCAGUUUGCUUUAUUUGGGACAAGUUUUGAGUUACUUAGCAUUUCUGUUAUGGCUGUUGUGUAGCAUCUGAAGUUUUAACAGUUAUAAUUGCAGUAGCACUUAAGGGUUGGUUCAGAUACAUUAGUUAAGCGUGGGGUUUUUCUUCCUUCUGUCUAAUCCAGGAUUGCAUUAAUGCUGCAUUUUGUUUUACAUGGUUAUUGCAGGGUGUGAUUUCUCAGGGAAAUAUGGAUAAUACCAUGUGUUGUGAGAGCUGAUAACUAAUGCCUGCUUUUAAAAUCCUUACAAACGUUUUCAAGUUUCACUCACACAUUUCAUGUCAUGUAACUUUUAUGCUGAAGUUCCUUAGGCUUAUCAGGUAAAUCAUGAUGAGAAUGUUAAGAGCAUUUAAAGGUGUAAAUAAAAUACACUCUGCCCAGCACUUCAUUACUCUUUGGACAAACAUCCAUUCUGAACUGAUGCUGCAGUUUGUGUGUGGCUUUCUGCUUCAUUGUACUGUGUGCCAUACGAGUUAAUAGUUAACACUGCUGAUUUUGAAGCUGCACUUACAGCAUGACAGUGACAUUAACAAAAAACCACGCUUAUCGAGUUGAGGGGAAUUAACCAUUUAGCAUAGAACUAAUUUUAUAAUAUGCAAAUUACUGUGUUUUCAUUAGAGGAAUCCUUCAAUGUAUUACCGAUGUUGCCAGCCCACAAGUCCUUUCAUUGUCUGUCAUAUAGGUGAAGCUUCUCUUGUACGUACAUUGGACUUUUUGCAUGCCAGUUAAACUAGUUCCUCUACCAGAAUGAAUAGUUUCUAAAAUCUCCUUAUUCCUCUAGCUAGGGGAACAGCAGAUGCUUUCCAGCCAAACAGUAUUCUGUUCCUAUUGGAGAAGGGGAAAAAACUUUAAAAAAAGAAAAAUGUUAAUUGAAAACAAAGAAUUGCACUGGACAGCAUAUGGGAUCAGCUGUAAAGUCAUCGGGGAAAUUUCUUACAUAGCCCAAUUGCAUGUAGGAAGUGCUUAGGCAGCACUGUAUUGGACUGAUCUCUCUUUGGAUGAUCUUGAUUUAGUAUAGAGUGUAGGUGUUUCAAAUAAUGAUUUCAGAUUGAAGCUGGAUGCUUUAGUCUUGUGAUUGUAAAAAAAAGUUUCUUGUGUGUAUUUUGGGUGUUGUAGGUUUUGUUUGUUUUUCCUUGUGAAGUGUUAAAGGGUCCCACAUAUGAUCCAGUUACCAAUGAAUGCUCUGUUAAUCGAAAAUCGCGAGAGGCUGUAUCAAAAGCCUGGCCAGUUGUUCAAGUUGAUGUUAUCUGAAUGGAAUUAGAGAAGUGUAAUGAGUAUGUGAUACAACUUCAGCAUUGUACAAAAUUUGUUCAAGUUCUCCUUGGAAUGGGUAUUAGUAGAACAAACUUGUUUAUGAAACUUUUUCUUAGUUGGUUAUACAGGUUGAUUUGUGAAACUUCUAAAGCUCAUGUGCGUUAAAAGAUGCACAAAACCAAGAGCCAAUAGUUUUGAUGGUCUUUUUGGCAUAAAGUUUUGUACUAAGUUGCAGUGAAUUCCAAGUAACACUUUUAAAGCAGAAGCUGCUUUAACCGGGGAACUUUCAACUAAAGAAAACCUUUGUUUGCAUGAAGUCUGUGCGGUUUUGCUGAUAAUUCAGAUGUUCAGAGAGCACAGCUAGUUCCAGGUAUCUGUCCUCUGUGAAACAUCUUCAUGCAUCAUCUUUUAACCAUUUUCCUUAGUGAGGCCGGAAGGUGAAUUGCUAAUGUGUAUUGCAUUUGCACUUAAAUACCUGAUUUCAGAGUGUGUUAAACCUUGAUCUAUUUUUGAUAAAAAAGAAAUGUAGCAUUUUUAUCUAAUUUCCAUUUAAUGAUGAGUAUAUUCAUGCAGAGAAAAACAUAUAAUCGUGGCUUGAUGCAGUGAUUUUUAGCCAAGAAAACAGCAGGAUGGCACUAGUAAAUCUGAAAUGAAGAUGCAUGUCUCUUCACAAAGUCUGGCUUCUGGUUUCUUCCUUCCCUCUUUAUACCAAAUCGGUGUCUCCAUUAUUCCAGAGUCAUACCGGUGAAGCAAGGACCAGAACUAUACCCUUUGUUUUUAAAAAGUGAAUGUUGGCUUUUGUCUGGAGUGUCUUUGUCCUGUCACGUCAUUUUCUGAAGGGGAUCAGUUAAAUGAGAAAUAUAGAAGACGUAUUUUUAACUAAAAUCAGAUUUAAGCUAUUAAUUAUUUUGAAAUUCUCUAUAUUCAUAGAGAUCUAAUGAAUGGAAAUUAAAAGCCUAUAUUGCAAUUAUUCCACAGUGCUUAUAUAUUUUUAACAAAACCAGUAUAUAUAUAUAUAUGAGUAUUUGAAACAUGCAUAAAAGUGAAAAUUUGCAGAUUGUUCUUGUGUUGAAAGGUUUAUAAAUUGAAAUUCAUAAUAUCCAAUACCAAAACCCUAGAAAAGGGCUAAUGAAAAGAAAAUGUAAUGUAUUCUAAUGAACAGCCUGUGUAAUACAAUCAAUGGGUGUGAUGUUUUUGUUCUGUAUUAUAUUUAUUAUAUGUAAGUAAACAAUAAAGGUUAUAAAUCUUA